AUGUUCGACACGCACGCUGAGGUGGCCUCGGCGGCGCGUCGCGCCUUCGCCGCGUCGUUCCCCAGCGACGACAAGCGGCGCGGGGUCUUCCGGCACUGCCAGUCGCAGUGCCAGGGCCUUCUGACCGCCAACCUGAGCCACACCGAGCAGUCCCUUCACGACGAGCUCGGGAUGAGCGGGGCGGCAGCCGGAGACCGCAACCUUGCACUGGAGCGGCAGGACAGGUACGCCCGCGUCAUCGCUGCCUCGCUGAGCGCCCUCGGGGAGCUCGUCCACGUCUGCGCCUCGGUGCCGCCUGGCGGCGCGCAGGCGCCCUUGGGCGCCGAGGAGCUGGCCCCGCUGCUUGCGGCGGGUGGCCUCUGCUCCCCGUG